AAUAGCUUAAAUUUUACGACAUAAAUAGUUAAAUAAAAUAAUUCUGUAUUUCGUUAUUUUGUAUAAAAAAUAGGUAUACUCUGUACUACCACAAUGGCGUAUUGUGUUACAAUUAUUGCGAAUUUCCUAAUUCCGUUGUUUUGUUUAAAUAAAGUUGUUGAAGCACACGGCAGAACGUCUUUAUCAACAGAGGAUACUUCGGAUGAAAUAGAAAAUGAAUGGAACAACCGUCGCUCUAUGUACAGACAAGAGUGGCAGUACGAAGGUCUACCCAUCGAGAUCCCUGGUCGACGAUCCGCCGACAAUGAGGUCCUUACCGAAGAUGAAAACAGCAUAACAACUAUAACAACAACGACCCGCGCCUCCCCGCCUCUCGAUCGCCGUUACCGCCGUAUAUACAACCCAGAUGAGGUGGCCACCAUCGAAGAAUUCCCCUUCGUGGCUGCUCUACUGGUGAACAAGCAGUUAUGGUGCGGAGCUGUGGUCAUAAGUAGUGAUAAGGUUUUGACUGCAGCACAUUGUUUACAGUUACAAUACAACAAUCGCUUCUUUCGGGAAUACGUAAAAAUGCUAAAUGUUAGAGUCGGUUCGUCCAACGCGACGGCUGGCGGGCAGCUGCUAAGGGUUACAGAGAUAUUUUUCCAUCCGAAUUACAAACCACAGACCUUGGAGUUCAACUUCGCCGUACUGAAGCUGCACAAGAACUUGACCUUCGGAAGGGACGAUCCUGAAGUGGAAAUGAUCGAGUAUUCCAGAGAGAAGAGUAUACCUAUUGACAGGAGAAUCGUGUUCUUAGGAUGGGGAUCGGUUUUGGGUGUGGAUAGCUCCGGUGGAACUGUGCUACUGCAGAAAGUAGAGUUACCAAUCUACGAUCUGGCUGACUGCCAAGAAGUUUACGGAAGAGAUUUAGUUUCAAGAAACAAUUUUUGCGCCGGUUACAUAACAAUACCUAAAAACGUCUGUAACCACGACGCUGGUGGCCCGGCCAUUAUGGACGGCCGUCUAGUGGGGAUAUUGUCGUUCUCGUCGAGCCGAUGCGACGAGCCUGACCGGCCGGCUGUGUUCAGCACGGUUGGCGUAGUGGUGCCCUGGAUAGAGGGGCUCGGGGAGAAAAUGGUGCAGCUGAAGAAUACAGCACUCAAAUCUCCAGAAUCAAUGAAGAUCCCACAAUGAAACAAUAAUAUAAUAGAUCAAUAAUAUAUUUCCACUAAUACUGUACACGCCAGCUUCCAUUUGACUAAAACGUAACAAGAAAUAAAAUAAAAAUAUUAAAAAUCGGAUUAAUUUGGUUAAACUUUAAUUUCUAUUCAACAUACAACAUUGAAUAAACAUACAAUUUCCAUUACGAAUUACACCUAUGUAACAUUAUGUUUUCUGUUUUUAUUUAACGGACCUUCGAGUUUAUUUCAAAUGGAAUGAUACCGAGCUGAUUUCUCCGUUACAUGCUUAUAAUAAAUCAUUGAUUAAAUACAGAAAUCAAGCGGAGUAUGUAUAUA